AGUCUGACUGACUGUCAGUUUGUUAUGCUAUUUCAGUAUCUCAGGCGCCUGCACAUACUCAGUGCGUGUUUUUGUUUAGCUAGAAAAAGGCUUUAAAUGCGAAUUAACGCACUAGCUUGUCGGAUAUAUUAAUUAGUUAGUGUUUAUAAUACAAUAUUGCACCUUUAUUUGAUGAGGUUUAUUAUAAUAGUAUAGAAAAAAGAGAGGCCAGGUUAAAUGAGAGUCCCUUAAAUAUCAUUAUAUUAUCUGUAAGUGACAAAUAAAGCAGGGUUUGAUAAAGUUAAAGAUAAAGAGGCAAAUCGAUAUUUUUAUGAUUAUAUUUGCUAGACUAAAUACUUUUAAUUUCUCAGGAUUAGCCAUCAGAGCUACAUGGACGAGAUGAGAUCGUGCACCGCUAUAUAUAUCUGUCAAUUUAUUCAGCAUUUAAAUUUAACUAAAUAAGCCAGUUAAUGUGUUCUCAGCUCCUUAAUUCAAUUAUAAUUUUUUAAAUCUGGUGAUAAUUUUUAACAGGUUUGUGAGUUGUGUUUAUAUGGGUUAGCAUCAGCUUUAGCAUCCACACACUAGACGAGUAAAAAGGGUUUAGAAGAUAAAAUAUUAAAACUGUACUUGAAAUCUUAACAUUAUUAUCAGGCGUUUAUUUACUGUUUUGAAAUACAGAGUGUCAGUGGACAGUGUAGUUAAAUCAUAUUAAAUCGGUUUAGUUGAACACAUCUAAAGAUAUUAGCCGGCGUGCUAACACGAAGGACAUCAGGAGGAUUUUAUACCAAAAUAUUUAACUAUUUAUUUAAUCGUGUAUUAAUAAGGAAAUAUAUCAAAUCGUCGUGAAAGAAGGAAGAGGUAUAAACAAGAGGGCUUUCCUUGAGGAGGAAUUGACAUCAGCACAAGUAAAUACAAUAGAACAAACCUAUUGGAAUUCGAUGGUAACAUGGAUAUGAAGUCAUUGGCAGGCAGUCAAUGACACAAGCUGUUACACUGGCUAAAAUAGCUGAUUUCCCUGGAUUUGGAUCUAGAUAAUAAGGCAGCAUCAAGAAUUCUGGGUCAGCGGGCUGGCUCCUCCCCCUCCCGGCGGCAGCGUGCGCUCUCAGCCGCCCCCUUGCACCCCCCGCUCGCCAGGCCUACGCGCCCAAGCCCAUGCUCCCGGCUCCACGCGGCCCUCCAACGCCAUGUGUGUCCCGCACACUAUGGAGGUGGGCAAGCACAGUGCCAGCCAGGGGCAGGGCAGCCGCGGCGGGGUUCCCCUGGAGCCGUUCGUUCACCAGGUGGGCGGCCACACCAGCAUGAUGCGUUAUGAUGACCACACUGUCUGCAAACCACUUAUCACCCGUGAGCAGCGAUUUUACGAGUCCCUGCCACCAGAGAUGAAGGAAUUCACUCCUGAAUACAAAGGUGUGGUGCUGGUGUGUUUUGAGGGUGACUCUGAUGGCUACAUCAAUCUGGUUGCAUAUCCAUAUGAAGAGAGCGAGGGGCUGGACCAUGAAGAGCUGUCCGAAAGAGAUCAGCCUCGCCGAAAACACUCUCGCCGUAGCCUCCAUCGCUCCAGCAGCGAGCACAAAGAGGACAGGCCGGCUCUCGACAGCGAUGGCAACGACAAUCUGCAGGAGUUGAAGAGUCCUCUUCUGGAUCUCCAGAUUCAUUCAGAUGUGCCCUUCCAGAUGCUGGACAGCAACAGCGGCCUGAGCUCAGAGAAGAUCAGCCACAACCCCUGGAGUCUCCGCUGCCAUAAACAACAGCUGAGCCGCAUGCGCUCCGAGUCCAAAGACAGGAAGCUCUACAAAUUUCUGCUGCUGGAAAAUGUGGUCCAUCAUUUCAACUACCCCUGCAUCCUGGACUUGAAGAUGGGCACCCGGCAACACGGCGAUGAUGCAUCAGAGGAAAAGGCCGCCCGCCAGAUGAAGAAAUGCGAGCAAAGCACAUCUGCCACGUUAGGAGUGCGUGUGUGCGGCAUGCAGGUGUACCAGAUGGACACAGGUCAUUAUCUAUGCAGGAACAAGUACUAUGGCCGUAGUCUUUCCAUUGAGGGAUUUCGGCAUGCACUCUUUCAGUUCAUGCACAAUGGCAUGCAACUGCGCAAAGACCUUUUUGAGCCUAUCCUGAGCAAACUGUGCAGCCUGAAGGCUGUCCUGGAACGCCAGGCCUCAUACCGUUUCUACUCCAGCUCGCUGCUCAUCAUAUAUGAGGGCAAGGAUCCAGAGUCUGUAGACGGGUGGCAGAAACCCUCAGAACUGCCGCCUGAAAAGGAAAAUCAGGCCACACUGCUUGGUUCUCUGGAGAAGCCACCGGCCUCUGAGCCCCAUACACCUCCUCAGGUGCUGAGUGUGGAUGUGCGCAUGAUAGACUUCGCCCACAGCACCUUCAAAGGUUUCCGGGAUGACCAAACCGUCCACGACGGACCUGACCGCGGCUACGUAUUUGGACUAGAGAGCCUCAUUAACAUUUUGCAGCAAAUCCGUGAGGAGAACCAGUAGCCAAACCCUUUGUUCCUUCAGUUGCAGUCCAACGUAAAAAGCUCCUCCGUCCAGACUGUUGACAUUUUCAUAGAAAAACAAAGAUGUUUAUAAAGAUUGCACAUUAACGCAAACCUAAAGGUGUGUUUUCUGUUUCUCACUUAGUAUUUGAACCAUGAAGGAUUCAUAUACAUAUGAAAUGGAGGAAGGUUCUUGACUCUCCUGUCAUGAAAGAAAUUGCUACUAGUCUGCCUCCCCUCAUCAGAUGUUUCAGUUUGUUUGUCACAUGGAUUCAUCACCACCAUGUGGCCAACUGAAGUACUGCAGUCAUGAAUCAUGAGCUCAGGGCACGUCCGCUGUCAGGGUCUCUCUUAAAGUGUGGGAUUGCCAUAGAGAGAGCAAGUGUGUCUGUGUCUGUGUGUGUCAGUGUGAGUGAAUCGCAAGAAGAAAUGCACAGGUCAUAUUUUACCCCAAAUCACAAGAAAUAAAUCUUAAUAUAUUGCCUAAAUAAAGCCUGUUUUUAGGACCUUUAAGAUUUUUGUGCCAUUAUUAUUUUCAUGUUAAUUUAAGCAUGAAAGCAUUUCUCCCCAAAUCUUAUUAUAAUGCAAACAACAACAAAACAUUCUAUCAAGAAACACUGAUUGUUUUUUUCUUGUGUUUUUUUGGGGGGUGGGGGUGAAAUAUGAGCUGUUGUUCUCAGCAUUUCUCCAGGAGUUUUAAAAGGAGCAGUUUAGCUCAGUCAUUGAUUAAAGCUUUAUGGUAGGAGUUGGAGGUGUUCAAAGGGAGGUUUUAAACCACUCAUCAGACGAUAAGAUGAUGAAUCUGGCCUUAUGGCAAUAGUUGAAUUAAGCUUAGCUAUGCGCGCCUAUUUAAUCGGUCAGGUGAUUUGGGGGGGCUUUUUUGGUAGCUUAACUCUGUACAUUUAGAGCAAUCAUUAAAUUUUACAGAUUUUACAUAUUUGUUGGGAUAGUAUAUUUGUAGGCUUGAAUUUAGAUUACCCUUGUGUUACAAAGUCUUUCCCUGUCAGUAAUGAGGUUAUCAUUACAGAAGAAAACCUCACUGCAAAAAAAUAAUUUUCUUAAUCUGUCAGAAUAUUUAAAUAUCCUUAAAACCUUGAAAAGCAAAAUUGUGUAAGGUAUUAAAACUUGUUUACAGAAAAAAAAAUCUCAAGUUAAUUUUUCUUACCCUAUUGGCAAAUCUUGAAAAAAAAAAAAAAAAAAAAACUUUAUAUAUAAAACUUUAAUAUUUGAAACCAUUUUUGAUUCGUCCUACAGUUGUUUUAGGCAUAUUUAGAUAUUUUUGCUGAAAAACAAAUGAGAUAAAAUGACUGAUUAAGAAACUUAUCUUUGCUUUUAGUUAGUGCUCACUAACAUCUGCACUGUAAAUUAUUAUAAACACCAUUACAAGAGCAUGACUUUUUGUUUCGUUUUGUUUUGGAAUAAUUUUGAAGGGUUGUCUUUUAAUUACACCGAUACACAGUGACAAUUUGCCCACCAUCAGCAAAUGUAGCAAGAUUUGUCCCUAGGUUCGUUCUCGUCAAGUCAGUUGAGUGGAGAAUGACACGUUCAGCAUGUUCUCUGUCUAGGUGAAUCAUUUAUUGCACUAUAGUGUCAUCCUUUUGCUGAAACAUGGACACUUUUCUGCAUUCUCUGGGAAACAGACAUCACAUCCACCUGUAGUAGCAGUUGAGCAAAUAUACUUGUAAUAACUUUGUUCGUUCGUCUUGUCCUACAUUUAUUGACUUUGGUCACAUGUGGUGUAUAAAUCAUAAAUCAACAUUACAAACCAUGGCAUCUAUGCGGAGUUGUGCCGUAGGGAUGUGUCUGUAUUUAGACGUGUGAUUUUGGUCAAUAGCCAUAACUGGGACACCCAGGAGUGUAUUGCGUACAUUGUUUAACAGUCAUCACAGCACAAUCAGAUAAUUUCCGUAACAGUUGAAGGGAAAUGUUUGAAGAACAAAUGCCACAUGCGUGAUGUGUUCUCUCACAAUAAAUGAGCGAUGUACUAAAGUUACAGUUAGAAUACAUCAUUACUAACAUGUUGGCGUCAGUGUGUAGCUGGUUUGUGUAUCUAAACCUUUCAUUUGUGCCGAACCAUGAGAGAGGAACCCAGAUUCAUAGAUUUGGCAUAAAAAGAAAGAAAAUUAUUACCCCUCAUCCUGAAAACAGUCCUUUUCUCUUUAUUGUUGUUGCAUGGAUGGGUAUUUUUUUAAGAAAAAAUAAUAUGACAACUUUGAAUGUGAGAUAUAAAUUGUUUAUUUAAGAAAAGUUGUCUUGUCUCUUUAAUAUUUUGUUGCUGUUUUGACUUGACCAAAUAAAACAGAAAGAACAUUUAAACCGUAACUUUGAAUACAAAAUAAGAGUUUAAAUAGCAGGAAUUCUGUGUGCAGUCCAAAAUAAAUAUUAAAUAAUAAUUUA